AUGUUAUGGUUCCUCAACAUCUUACUUGGCUCUUCUUGCGUCAUGUUUCUCUACGUCCUACCUUUUUGGAGGAAGGGGAUCAGACUAUGGAAUAAAGAGGAGAUAAAGCAGAAUACUUGCUCUCGUAUACAAAUUAAUACAGAUUUCAAUGUCACAGCUUCAGACUCCAUUCAGGACAAAUCUGAAUUACUAAAUAUUGAAGGUGGACUGAGCCUGAGUGUUUUAGGUGGACUCGUCAACGUAAGUGGAGCAGCGAAAUAUCUCAAAGACACAAAGACGUCUUUUAAACAGAAGAGACUUACGCUGCAUUAUAAUUCAACCAGCAGAUUUGAGGAGCUGAUAAUUAAUCAUUUGCCUUCUGAAAAUAUUCUGAUAAAAUGUGAUGAUGAUGAUAUAGCCACACAUGUAGUGACAGGAGUGCUCUAUGGAGCAGACGCCUGCUUUGUGUUUGACAGAGAAGUUUCAUCUGAUGAGGACACAAGCACAACAGAAGGAGAAGUAAAAGUGGCUCUUGAGAAACUAUAUGGCUCUGUUUCAGUAAAUGCAAACGCUGGACUAAGUGCGAAUGAAAAUCAGAAAUCUGAAUUCAAAAACUUCACAUGUACAUUUUAUGGCGACUUCAAGUUGGCGUCAAACCCGACGUCUUUUGAAGAUGCAGUGGAGGUUUUUGCUGAUCUUCCAAACCUACUGGGAGAAAAUCAAGAGCUGGCAGUUCCUCUGAGAGUUUGGCUUUAUCCUCUGGACCAACUUCACUCGAAAGUUUCCAAACUUCAUAAAGACAUCAGCAUGGAUCUAAUCGUCGAGAUAGAAUCAGUGGUUGAGGGUUUAAACACAGCUGAGAUGAAAUGCAGUGACCUUCUGAAAAACUCUCCCGCUCAGACGUUUGCUGCAUUUAAAAAGAAAAUACUGCAAAUGAAGAAAAACUGCUACAUGUACAAGUUGAGAUUCAGGAAGAAACUCUGCUCUUUGCUGCCAAGCAUCCGCGGAGACGUGAUGAAGGAAACUGCACUGAAUGAACUUCUACAAGAAAAUAAUGAAUCUCCAUUCAGAAGAUGUGAUCUUGAAGGAUGGCUGGAAGAGAGGGAAAGAGAGUCUGAGAUCAUUAAAUCAGUCCUCAGACAGCUGAAGGAUUAUGGUGCACAGAUAGUAGACAACAUAGAUGUCAUCUUGAUGGAUCUGGAGGUUGGAAAUCUGGUCAGUUACACAUUCAUAUCACUGAACUGCUCAGAUGUGCUGCUUCUUCAUCAAACCUCCUAUCUGAGUCCUUCAGUAGAAGGAGAAACCGAUGAGAAGAUCCCUGAUUCAAAACAAAAGUCUUGGCUCACUGCUGAGAUCAAAAAGGGCAUGAAGAAAAACUUAAAGACAUUUAAGAACUUGAUUGAUUCAAAAGACUGUAACCCAGCUAGGUUCAUUUUUUCUUCAGUAGAAAUGGAGGAUAAUCCUGGUUCCUGCAUUCUCCUGUAUGAAAGUGAAUGUGAUGAAGCUGUUUACUUUACUCCUCCAUCCAAACCAGCCUGUCCAAUCAUUGAAGAGGUUGAAGAUCAGAAUGUGGUACUGAAGGUCGUUCCUUCAUCAUGUCCUGCUACAGUGGAGCUCAGAUUACUGUAUAAAGCGAAGCAGAACACAGUCUGGACAUCUGAACCUGUGCCGAAGGAUCAAAACACGGUUACUCUGACUGAUCUGAGAGAAGAAACUGAGUAUGAGAUCAAAUACGCUGCGGUGGGGAAACUCAACUACACUGUAGACAGUGACGUGAUCAGCAUUACCACAGAGCAAAGUCCAUGGCGCAUAGCAGCUAAGGGUGUUUUAGGUGAAUCAGAUGAUCAGGACGAUGAGGAUUGUUCUGAUGAGGACGAUGAGAGUUUGGAAUGGUUCAUAGACAAGCUGAAAUAUGUAACUAGUGUGAGAAGGCAAUGAUAAAGAGAGAGGUUAAAAAGAGAAGAUGGAAAUUAAAAUAUG